AUGCCAAGCGAAACCUUGGUUCUGCAAGAAGUGCAGGAAGAGGCGACGCAGAAAACUCAGCAUACUAAAGAGAAGUUCUCGAGGAACAGAAACAACAGAGGUCCGAGAAAGCAAGUACGAAUCGUCAAGAUUGCAAAUGCAGCAGUUCAGGCAAACUCUUCCCGUGUGUACAUCGACGCCGUAGUGAACAACUACUCUGUCAAAUUCCUUCUCGAUACUGGAUCAGACAUCACGUUACUGAACGAGAAGAUUUGGAAAAAGAUGGGCUCCCCAGCAUUGGAAAAGACCAAUAUAGUCGUGAAAAACGCAAGUGGAGAUUCCAUGAAGAUAUAUGGAAAGCUUAAAUGCAAGAUUACCAUGAAAGGUGUCACUACUGAAGGAGACGCCUAUGUGACGCCGUACAACUCACUCUUGGGACUCGAAUGGAUUCGAGCAAAUGAGAAUUUGAUGUACCACAUAGAAAUGAUGGCUGCUGAAGUGAAGGCCAACUGUAACCCCAGACGUAAAGAAGAGUUGAAAACGUUGAAGAGAGGAGCCAGAAAACUUAAAAGGGAAGAGAAACUGUCAGAGGAUACGUUCAAUGUUAUACGGCAAGCACACCGAACCACCACACACAGAUGUCUUGAGGACAGAACAGAAUCAUUGAAAAGGUUGUACGCCGAAGAAAAUGGAAGGAAGAUGAAGCAGCAAUACGACAGGAGAAACGGUUCUAUUUCGAAGGAAUUCCAUAAGGGAGACGACGUGUACGCGCAGAUGUGGAAAGCCCCACACUCCACAUGGAAGCAAGGAGUUGUCGCAAAACGCCUUGGCGCUGUGGGAAGGUCAACUAUGAGCGUCCCGUGGAAGGAAGACUGA